AUGCUUUGGCGUCGUAAGAGCUCAGAAGAUGACACUGAAGGCAGUGCAAGUCUCGCUCAAAAAUCCAGAAAGCCACCUAAUACGGCGUUCAGACAGCAGAGACUGAAGGCUUGGCAGCCAAUAUUGUCUCCACAGUCCGUUUUACCUCUGCUAAUUCUGAUUAGUGCUAUCUUCGCUCCUAUUGGCGUUGCACUGAUUAUCACAGCUAACAACGUUCAGAACUUGCAAAUUGAUUACAGCCACUGUGAUACCCUUGCAACAAAUAACUUUAAGGAAAUUCCAUCAAAAUAUGUGGGGUAUCACUUCAAAAAAAAACUCAAUGUGAAGCCCGUUUGGCGCCUGCAACAAGAUCAAACAGACGUCAAAACAUGCGCCAUUCAGUUUGAGAUCCCAAAUGAUAUCAAAAAGUCAAUAUACAUUUACUAUAGGUUGACUAAUUUUUAUCAAAAUCACCGGAAGUACGUUCAAUCGUUUGAUUUGAGCCAAUUGAAAGGUCAAGCGGUAGCCAGCGAUGAUCUAAACAGCGACUGCAAUCCUUUAAGGGAACAAAAUGACAAAGCUAUAUACCCUUGUGGUCUGAUAGCUAAUUCGCUCUUCAACGAUACCUUCGGUCCUGAAUUGAUGGGUGUGAACGAUACACAGUCGUAUGCUCUAACAAACAAAGGCAUCUCAUGGUCAUCUGAUAAGUCCAGAUUUAAGAAAACAGAAUAUAAUGCGUCGCAGAUCGUGCCUCCUCCAAACUGGGCGAAGCGCUAUCCUGACGGAUACACUGAUGAUAACAUCCCAGACCUUUCGGAAUGGGAAGAACUGAAGGUGUGGAUGAGAACAGCCGGCUUACCAAAAUUUUAUAAACUGGCAUUGAAAAACGAAACUGCCACACUUCCCGCCGGUGCGUACCAAAUGAAUAUUGAUCUAGAAUACCCCGUCACAAUUUUCGGUGGAUCUAAAACUUUUGUUUUGACUACAAAUAGCAUUAUUGGUGGCCGCAACAUGUCUCUAGGUGUCGUUUAUCUGAUAGUUGCAGGAAUAUCAAUUAUUUUCGGACUCAUUUUUCUCAUGAAAGUCAUCAUUCAGCCAAGAAAACUCGGCGAUCACUCUUAUUUGAGUUUUGAUGAAAGAGAAGAUGUCGUGUCUCGGUCGAGUGCACAACCACAACCUUUGAGGGAAAUUUUAUAA